CAAUGCUUUUUACACAUUGUGAAUUUCAUUGCAAAGUCACUAAUCUGCGAGUUCGACACACCUAAAUCAAAGGGAAAUGGAUCUGUUAGUAGCAGGGACAAAGAACUCAACAAACUUACCAGAGAUAUUGAUAUCAAGGACACACAAAUGGCAGAUGAGGACCCAAACAAGGGCAUAGACAAUGUUGACAACAAUGAGGGCUGGGUGGAUGAAUUGCAGCUGUUGGAAGAGGAAGAGUGUGAGCAACUGACUGACAGUAUCCACCCACUGAAACUUGUUCUAGUCAAGGUUAGAUUUUAA